AUGGACAGCCUUGGCCCGCUUUGCGGGGGUAGGGACGAUGCUUGCUUGGAACCUCGGCCGAAACGUGCCCGCAACCUCAUUAUCAAUGCAGCAGCCCGUACAUUACUAGACUCUUCUCAUCUCGGCAGCAAACGCCAGUACGCCUUCCGACAACAAGCAUAUCGAUUGUGGUGUGAUGCCCGGGAGUAUGAUUAUCUCGAUCCCUCGCCCACACAACUGAUUAAUUACUUGGCAGACCAGCGUACUACGAAACACUUAAAGUCUUCCACUUUGCUAACAUACACCACCGCCAUUAUUGCUAUGUUUCCCACCGACACCCAGUCCAAUAUCCGUAAUUCCAAGAUUUAUCAAGACUUCAUCAAAGCACUACGCUCGAACACCAUUCUCUCGCCAAAACAUUGGUCCUACGAUGUUACUCCUGCUAUUCAAUACCUUAAAUCUUGGGGCCCCAAUUCAGCUCUCAACAAGGCCCAGUUGACGGCGAAAACAUGUUGGCUCCUCGCUAUGGCUGGUUUCCUACGACCUUCCGAUUUGGAACGCGUGGAUUUAGACGCGACUGUGGUUUCCUCCGAUAAGGUUCUCUCUCUAAAUAUCGUAGCCCCGAAGGAGAAACGUCAAGGCCAGCGUGUGACGAAAGUCAUCACAAUUCAUCCACACACGGAUCCUCUCCUAUGUCCCGUGGCUGUUUUCGAGGAAUACAAACAGCGAAUCGCCUCGUCAGACUGUCGCACUGCUCACCCUUUGUUCCCAACAAUAAGAUUGAAUAGGCUCCUCCGCUCCCUACAGAACCACAACACACCCAUCGCUGCCGAACGUAUCUCUAAGUACAUCAAGCAGAUAAUGAUCAAGGUUGGUAGACCCGCUCAAGCUCCUGUACCUAAGGCUCGUGGACUAGCUGCCACUCUUGCGGCACAAGCGGGCGUCUCCGUUGACAACAUUAUCGCCCAUGGCUCCUGGUCUUCCCGCGAUAUCUUUGAACACUAUUAUCGCCUGUCCUCAGCUACGUCUACAAAUUUUAGUGUAUCUACUCUGGAUCAACAACCAAGAUCACGUCUUACGAAGUGUAAUGUUAUGUAA